AUGAAUUUUGCUCCCUAUCAAGACGAUUCCCCUGAGACUGAGCGGGCUCUGUCCCCUCCCCACCCUGACACCCGUGGGAAGUCCCCCAAUCUCCGAUCACCGCGAGCAUCGGCCGACCUUCCCUCUCCGAGUCAGUUUGGAGGCAGAUAUGGCAAUACUGGCUUUGGAAGAGAUGUUGAAGCGGGGCAUGUGAGCUUGGGCGCGUUUGAGACAAGUCUUCCCAUUCGCAUGGAUGUGGAAGCUGCGCUGGCAUAUUUGCUUUUACCUCCCGCAGGUGGCGUGUUUCUCCUGUUAACCGAGCAUAAGAGUGAUUACGUGCGCUUUCAUGCCUGGCAAUCUAGUAUGCUCUUUGCCGUUAUUUUCAUUCUUCACUUGAUGUUUGCCUGGUCCUCUUUUCUUUCAUGGACUCUUUUUGCUAUUGACCUUGCUCUGAUUGGAUAUCUCAGUUUGCGCGCAUACCGUGAUGUGGACACGCUGGAUCAUUAUGAGGUCCCCUUCUUUGGCCGUUUGGCUAAUUCCUUCGUUGAUGAUGAAUAA